AUGCCGAUGAUCACUCCAGCCCUACGAAGGGCGCAAGCGUCGUCGUCUGCUCCCGGGCUCGCGGCAUCGAUAGCGUCCACAGCCACACUGACAGCUCAGUCGCUGCCCCCGCUGCCGGCGAUCGCGCACGAUGCCGCCACCCUCGCGCGCAUCGCUCCACCCAUCAAGCAGAUCCACUCGGAAGAAGACGUGCACAUCUGGCAGCAAUCGGAGGCGUAUGCGAUCUACACGCUGUUCGUUCAGCGCAUUUGCGAAGCGUGUGUUGGCAAGCCCACGCGCCUUCCCCCGCCACCCGCUGCUACCGCGGCAAAAGAGGGAGGGGUGGAGAGGCUGGUGCGGCUGCUGUACGAGCUCGACAGCUGGACGGACUCGAUCGAGCCGCACGCCAAGCCGCAGCGGUUUGGCAAUCUGGCCUUCCGCGACUGGGGAGCGCGGCUCACGCAGCGCAUCGAGCAGCUGCACCACGAGCUGCUGCCGUCGCAUCUGGCGGGCUUUGCGCCCGAGCUGGGCGCGUAUCUGCUCGACGCAUUCGGCAGCUUUACGCGCAUCGACUACGGCAGCGGCCACGAGCUGGCGUUCUUCAUCUGGCUCAGCAUGCUGUACCGUCUCGGCGUCUUCACCGACUCGACUGGCGGCGAUGUGGCCGAUCCGCGCACCGAGGAGGUGCUGGGCCUCGAGGUGUUCCCACUGUACCUGCUGGUGGUGUGGCGGUUGCAGGAUCGGUAUGGACUGGAACCGGCCGGUUCCCACGGCGUAUGGGGGCUCGACGACUUUCACUUUCUCCCCUACGUGAUCGGUGCCGCCCAACUGCGCAGUCAAUCCGCGCUCCGACCGAGCCACGUCAACACUGUCUCUGCACACACCUCGAUCCUACACGACCAGCUUGGAAGUGCGCGUGAUGCGGCGACGCUCAUAUCGCGCGCGCUGGAGCUACCCCCCUCGCUGCUGAGUGGGGACGAGGGGGUGGUGGUGCCGAACCUGUACCUGAGCUCGCUGUUGCGGAUCCAGGUGCUGAAGCGCGGGCCGUUCCACGAACACAGCCCGCUGCUGCACGAUAUCGCCUCGUCCGUGCCGAAUUGGAUCAAGCUGCAUUCGGGGAUGCUCAAGAUGUACGCCGCCGAGUGUCUCGCCAAAAAGGUGGUGGUGCAGCAUCUGCCGUUCGGCAAGGUCGGUCUCGUGUGGCCCGACAAUCCGGCGCCAGUGGCGGGGCAGGCUACAGUGCCGCCCGCGAGGGGCAUGGCACUGGGUGGAAGACAGGGCAAUCUGGGCAGUCUGGGUGUUCCGACUGCAAGACAGGGCGCCAGCGUACCACCGGCUAGAGCAACGGGUGCAUUGGGUCAGGCGUUGGGAUUGCCACGCACAGUCCCACCUACACGCUUGCCACCCAGCACGACGAUGCGCACACCACCUGCACAUGCGGCUCUCCCACGUCCACCACAGGACAGGCCGUCUAGCUCCUAA